AGGAUUCAUGUCAGAGAUUUUGAACCAUAUUCCAUGCCUUCGAUAACCCUUCUCUCACCCGUGUCCAACAUUCAAUCCCCUUGUAAAAUAAUCCACAGCUUCUUCUCCGAGCUCUCUCUCUCUCUCUCUCUCUCCUCUUUUCUCUGCCUUUUUCCUGUUCGUUCUUGAAAAACUAAACUAAACACUCAUUAUGUUCUAUCUGGGGUUUCUCUAUACUACGUUACCACCGAAUCCAAGAAUCUCCAUCAAACCAUACUGCACAUCUCAUUCCAUGCUCUGAGUGUGUAUCAUGUAGCAAACCUUCUCUUCUUCCCCAUUUUCUGAGAAAUAAUCUCCAUUAGUACAACAUCAACACUGCUCAUCUCUCGUUCUCUCUCUCACACCUCAGAGUUCAGACCAUCACAUUCUUGUUUGAGCUUUCCCUCGAGCUAAUCUGAGCUCUAAAUUUCCAAAAUGCCCAUGAAAGAACAAUCCUCUAUCUAUCUCCUCCAAACCACUCACCAAAGAACUGAUUCUCUCUCUUUCUAAACCACCUCUCAGUCAAUACAGUCCCCACAGUCCACACAGCAUCUACCAUCACUGCAUUUCUCCAUCUACAGGCAGCAGCCUCUCUCUUUCUUCUGAGAGAGUUGAAACCCACAAUGCCCACCUUCUUCCUCCUCUUCCUCCUGUUAUCCUGUACUCCCCACCACCUGACCUGCACGCCCCUUCGCAGUCACUACCGCCGGAUCCUCCAUCAACCCUUCUUUCCUCUGGACUCAUUCCCCCCAACCCAACCUCCAUCUUCAUCUCCACCUCCUCAACAACUACCCAAAUUCCCAUUUUCUUCUUCAACCAACAGUCCACCAUUCUUCCCAUCUUUUCCUUCCCCACCUCCCCCUCCUUCUACUUCUUCUUCCCUUCCCACAUUUCCUGCUAAUAUCUCCUCUCUUAUCUUCCCUCAGUCUCCUCGCCACAAAUCCUUCUCGCCCAAGCUUCUCGCCGUCUGCAUCGUCCUCGCUCUUCUUUCCUUAGUCUUUAUCGCAGCUUUCGCUUUCGUUGUUUACCGCCGGAGACGGCAAAAUUUCUACGACACCAAGACCACCAGAUCCGACAGUCAUCGGUUGUUCCCGGCGAAUGCCGGCCCCUCUGAUGGACCUCCCAAGCUUCGAGGCGCAUCUGCCACUAGCUCUGAGUUUCUCUACCUGGGCACUCUCAUCAACUCCCGUGGGAUCGAUGGAGAUGCCGAUGCCCGCAGUCUUGGGGGAGGUGCCGACGCCGGUGGUGGUGGUGGUGGCGGUGGCGUCUCCUCGUAUAGGAAACUGAGUUCUCCUGAGCUCCACCCGCUUCCGCCACUCUCCCGUCAGAGUUUCAGGCAGAAUGAUAAUGCAGAAGAUAGUUCGUCUGGAGAUGAGGAAGAAGAGGAAUUUUACUCCCCGAGAAGCUCUACUGGCGGCAAGGAGAGCUUGACUGCUACUGGGUCGAGCUCUCGUAGGGCGUUUCCGGCUACUUCGGUAGAGAAUUUUGCAAGCCGAAGCUCAAAAUCGAGUACUCCAUCGUACCCGUCUUCGGAUUCAGCCUCGCCAACUCCAUCUAUGUCUAACAGUCCUUCCCCACCAAUUAGCCUAGGUUCCAGAAGCUUAAAAUCAAAAUUUCCAGAUUUUGUCACCACUUUGCCUCCACCGCCGGCACCACCGCGUCCGAUGACUCCAUCACCUCCGAAGAGAAAGCUCCCUUCUCCCUCGCCGCCUUCUUCGCCUCCAGAGAGGGAUUCCGACAAAAUCUCACAUUCACCUACAAGAAUUUCUGAUUCGGAGAAAUGCCAACAUUCACCCACUAGCAUUUCUGAUUCGGAGAAAAACCCACAUUCACCCACAAGAAUUUCUGAUUCGGAGAAAAGCUCACAUUCACCCACAAGAAUUUCUGAUGUUUCUGUCCAAGAUCGGCAGUCUCCAGCGAGGAUGGACAGAAUUUUUAGGCACCCGGUUUCUGUCCCACCACCGCCACCCCCGCCCCCUCCUCCACCUAGAUUCUGGGAAGCUCCAACUCGUCCUCCACCCAUCCAUGAACCGUUAAGUAGGCCACCCGAACUUAUUACUCCUUCUAGACCAGUUGUCUUCCAGAAUUCACAAGCACUUUCUCCGAGUGGAUUGACGCAGAAUUCCCAUAACUUGGAGAGAAGUGAGGAGACUCCAAAGCCAAAGCUGAAGCCAUUACAUUGGGACAAGGUUAGGGCAAGCUCCGAUCGUGCAAUGGUUUGGGAUCAGUUGAAAUCCAGUUCUUUCCAAUUGAACGAGGAGAUGAUCGAGACAUUGUUUGUCGUUAAUGCUUCUAGCUUGAAUCCAAAGGAGAUGACUCGCCGUCCAGUCCUCCCCUCAUCUAACCAAGAGAAUAGGGUACUUGAUCCAAAAAAAUCUCAGAAUAUUGCUAUUCUGUUGCGGGCACUGAAUGUGACCAUUGAGGAAGUUUGUGAAGCCCUGUUGGAAGGUAACGCAGAUACCCUGGGAACUGAGCUUCUUGAGAGUUUGUUAAAGAUGGCUCCAACCAAAGAGGAAGAACGUAAACUAAGAGAGUAUAAAGAUGAUUCACCAUUCAAGCUUGGCCCUGCGGAGAGAUUUCUCAAGGCGGUUCUUGAUAUUCCCUUUGCGUUUAAGAGGGUGGAUGCAAUGCUUUACAUAGCCAAUUUUGAUUCAGAAGUUGAGUACCUUAGGAAGUCAUUUGAAACUCUAGAGGCGGCCUGUGAAGAACUGAGAAACAGCAGGAUGUUUUUGAAGCUUCUAGAAGCUGUUCUAAAGACUGGAAACCGCAUGAAUGUUGGAACCAACCGUGGGGAUGCCCAUGCUUUCAAGCUUGACACUCUUCUCAAGCUCGUAGAUGUCAAAGGCACUGAUGGGAAGACCACGCUAUUGCAUUUUGUUGUACAGGAAAUCAUUAGAGUGGAAGGCUCUCGACUUUCUGGUGCCAAUCAGGGUCCAAUCAAUGGAAAAAACCAACAAUCUGCCUUUAGGGAUGAUGUUGAAUUUAGGAAGUUAGGACUGCAAGUUGUAGCUGGCCUUAGUGGGGAACUGACGAAUGUGAAGAAGGCUGCUGCCAUGGACUCUGAUGUACUUAGUGGUGAAGUCUCAAAGCUUGCUAGAGGAAUCGGGAACAUUAGCGAGGUGGCAAGGUUGAAUGAAGCAAUGGGGUUGAGGGAGAGCAACCGCAAAUUCUCAGAGUCGAUGAAUGGGUUCUUGAAGAGGGCAGAGGAGGAGAUUAUCCGGGUUCAGGCACAAGAGAGUGUAACUCUUUCUCUAGUGAGGGAGUUAACUGAAUACUUUCAUGGAAAUUCAGCCAAGGAAGAAGCACACCCAUUCAGGAUUUUCAUGGUGGUAAGGGACUUUCUUUCAACUCUUGAUCAAGUCUGUAAGGAAGUUGGGAAGAUCAAUGAAAGAACAAUAGUAAGUUCAGCUCGACCAUUUCCUAUGCCAGCCAACCCAACAAUGCCUCCGGUUUUUCCUAGAUUUCACGGACGGCAGCAAUAUAGUUCUUCCGAUGAUGACAGCUCAUCCCCGUCAUAGCACUUGCUUAUCACAGCAGUGAUGCAAACUCCUGUCAUGAUGCAUUUUCUGUUAGAAGCCAUUCGACAGGGAAGGGAGGAGCUUGAGCGGAUAGGCUACCUGGUGGCUUCUUUUUUGUAUUUAUGUAUGAAUCCAUGUAAAAGAUUUAGGAAUUGUUUCAUCCUUCCAUAUAUAUACAGAAGAGAAAUAUAUCUCAUGGAACAAUAAGGCGGUAAUGUAGCUGUAAAUCUUUUUGAAGCUGGAUAUGAUCGAAUGUUGUUCAGUAAUAGUAGUCUUCAAUGAUAGGCUGUUUAUUCUUUCA